AUGCCUGAGGAUGGCUCUGGCGGCUCGACCAUGCUGGCAACGGAUGUAGUGAAGCUCUACCUGGACGCGUGCGCGGUUAUGAGUGCUGGUCGCAGGGCUCAGUGUGAUAGCUGGUUGCUCUCCCUUGCGAACUACCUCAAGCCCAGCCUAAGCGAUGACCCCGCCGGCAUGAUCCAAUUCAUCAUCACCGAUAACCCUAUGGAUAUGAUUGUGGAACUUGGAAAUAGGCUUGGAGUGUUGUCAACACGGGUUGCCUCUCAGAAUACACGUGUUCAUGGGGGCGCGAGUGUAGAUUCGCCAGUUGGUAAGCAGCCCGCAGAGGACAAAGUGCUCCUGCGCGAGAAGACCUUUCAUUUCAAUUGUCCCGCGCUGCGUGGGCUUCGCGAGCGCAUGUCUCACACAUCGGGAAAAUAUUGCUGCGACUACUGUGGUCAGGACAUCAAUGCACAUGAGAGCUUCUUGGUAUGCACAUCAUGCGACGUCGACGUGUGUACGGAAUGCCAAAACAAUGCUGCUGCUAUGAAAGGCGCCAUGAACAUGAGUUGA